AUGCGUGGUCCCUAUAAAGUAACGAAAGUCUUAGAAAAUGGCCGUUAUGAGUUGAAACUACUUACUGGAGCUUAUGGCAAAGCUAGUUAUGCUGCAGCUCAGUUCAUAGUACCAUGGAAAGGUGAAUGGACGCCUGAAGAAUGUGCAGCCUUUUUCUUGACCGCUGAUCAAACAGACGACGCAAUACCUUCCCAGGACUGUGAUGUUACACAACCUACUCAAAGAAAUGACGGUAUAGACGCUGGGAUAUCAAAGCCUGACGAGGACGUCAGGGUGUCAGGAGAGGCCGUUGCUGUUAGAUCUCGUGGUGGAUUUAAUAAUAACCCAACCCUUAGAAGUUUUAUGUCUGCAUACAAGCGUUUGCUUUGUCACACUGAAAUAAAAACUUCCGAAAGUGGCAACUGCCUGGCUUUAGAAGAUAUAACGAUUCUAUCGAACUCAAAAUUGACUACUGACCAGCAAAUUAAUACAUCUUUGACAUAUAAUAAAAUAACAAAGGAGUUUUCAUUAUCUCAAGAAACCGAAGAAGAAAAUGAUUUUGAUGACUUAUAUAUACCUCACAAUGAAGACACACUAUCAAAAACUAUAAAAAAUGUCGUAGAGUAUAUAGCAGGGUUUGUCGUAAAAAAAAUUAAAAUAAAAAUUUCUUGCGAAGAGUGCUGCAAUGCGUUACAGUCCUCCCGUCAAUGUAGUAGCCAAGAAUCCUUCAUAAACAAAAGAGACUUUUCAUCUAAGGCUGAUCAAGGCUUUUUAACAUACCCUUCAAAAGAUGUGAUACAACUUUGUCUAAAAAUAGAAAAAUUUAUUCGUGAAAAUAAAAAAAUCACUCAAGCUAUUGGGAAAUCUACAAUUUGCAAAGCGGUACUUCUUAUAUUAGAAGAUAAUUCCGGCUUAUUUUCGAGUUUGGAAAACCACAAUUUGGACCAAGAUAUUUUAAGUGGUCAUAGGUAUUUAAUAAUGAAAUACGUUAUAGAAAUUUACUUUGACAUUCGACUUAAGUAUGAAUAUAAACUUAAUAAUUUAGGAAAGGAAACUGUAAGGAACCAGUUUAAUAAGAUUGUUCUGUUUAAAGGUCAAUAA